ACAACUUUUUUAGAAACAGGUCUUGCGAACCGAAUAGAAAUUGAAACCUAUCGAUAGACGGCUCACUUAGGUUCGCUAGGCCGAUACUUACACACAUCCUAGGUAUCGGAAGAAUGUACGGUACGCCGUCGCUUUCGUGUCGCUGCUUCCGUUGUAGUUGUUGCUCGUUACAAAAGUUUUGUUCGGCUGGGCUUGCAAUUCAAUUUAAAGUGUGUGUUGCUUGGUGAAUUUGCUGGAAUUAUGAGUAGCGGCUACAAUGCACCUCUAUAUCAUAUACCCGUGGCCGUGGAGUCCCUCUGCCAACAGUCCAUGUACCAACAGCACACCUAUGUGGAUCGCACUCGUAUGGCCAUAACGGAUGUUUUCGUGCAGGAGCAUGUCUCCCAGAGUUCCUGGACAAUGAGCACACCACCAAUACCGAUACGUCCGCCCGUAUUCAUACAAACCGGGCGUGGUCAUUACAUGGGUGGCAAUGCAGCACCACCGCCAGCAGCACCACAUCCACCGCCACCACCACCGCCGUCGCCACAUCGUCCAUCCAUGCACGGACGUUUCACAUAUAUGUCCAUGCCGGGUGUUCAAUAUUAUGCCGCCAGCUCGGCCUCAAUGAGCUCAUUUGGCCAAAUGUAUAUGCAACAUUCAGCAACGGCCUCGGCCAAUAUGGGCGGCAUGUAUGUGCCACAGUAUAAUACAACAUACUCCACACCACGUCCACACCAUCAAACCAAGGAUAAUGCAUGUCAGACCCGUAUUUUUGUCAAGCGCAGCUGCGAUGCAGCCACACAGACAGAUUUAAUUGGCGAUGCUCCGCCAAUAGUCAAGUUUAAAUAUCAAGCAAAUUUAAGCGAUAGCAGCAAGGAGUCAUCGACUAGUCGCAGCUCAUGUGAAAGCAAUGACUGCUUUCCAGGCAUUCUGCAGGGCGAACGCCGCAACUCGGAGAUUAUCCUGCCCAUGCAACGCUUGCAGGAUAUUACACGCAUCUCGCUCAACGGCAGCGACAUUGCCGAGCGCCUGGCCAAUGCUCAUCGUCAGCGUCCGUGCUUCAAGAAGAUGGAUACAUUGUGUGCACGGCUCAAGCAGGAUCUCUUGCGUCCAGAUAGUGUACUGCCGAAUAUCAAUUCGCAGGGCAUUGCCUGGGCUGUCAAGGAUUUCAUAUUUGUAUUCACACGCAUUGUCAACUCGUGGGUGAUCCUCAAGGGCUAUGUCUACAAUACACCCGAUGGCCUCAACAAGAUCAAGGAUGAGUUGCCGAGCGGCUUUAUGGCCGCCUUCGAUAACUGGCAGCUUAGCACAUUGACCAUUGUGGAAAUGAUCAUCAAGUCGUUUGUUAACUUGGAUGGCAUGCUGCAGAAGCAGAAGAAUAGCUUCUGCAAGUUGGACAUUAGCAACAACUGCAAUAGCAGCGGCAAUGGCAGCAGCAAUGGCAUUGAUAAUAGCAGCGAUUCCAAUUCAAGCAAUAAAACUUUGAAUGGCACCGAACCUCCAUUGCCACUAAAUACUACAUUGCAUCUCACCAAUGAUAAUUUGCGUGGCCCGAGCGCAUUUAGCACACCCUAUAACAGCAUGAAGAGCGAUCACACUGUCAAGAGCGAAGACACUAUAGACAACAGUUGCAAUGAGCCGCCGAUGCCGCCACAGGAGCCACCACCACGCAUGGGUGGCCGCUCCAAAUCUGAUUUGAAUUAUUUGUACACCAUGAUCCAGGAUUCGGAAGAGGCGCAACGCUGUGUUAAUGCAAAUGGCACGUAUUUGAAAACCGGCACCUAUACGCCGCUCAAGAAGGAUGCCAAUGCAUCGCCACCACCGCAGAAUGUGCCCAAUAGCUGGAGGUCCACUGCUCAGCCUUUGUAUGCCCGUCAGCAGGCACAGCAACAAUAUCAACAGCAGCAGCAGAAUCAGAAUCAACGUCACCAUCAACAGUACCAGCAGUCUGUACCGUUCGAGCAGCUCAAAUCUGCGCUCAAAUGUCAAACACCCAAGCUAAAGACCCCACAGUGUCGUCACACCGAUGCCAAACCCUAUGCCACACUCAUGGGUCGCGAGAUGUCGCGCAGAUUGUACGAGCUGAGCAAUCGCAUUAUGCAGCUGCAAAAUAUUGACCGUUUCUUCCAAAAACAAUUUACACGCAACUAUUAUCCGUACUUCUUCGAGCGAUGCCAACAUGAGUUCAUUGAUGUGCGCGCGAUUAUCCUGAAGUGUGAGAGCGCAACAUAUCAGCAUAUUUAUCAGGCCAUACAUGAUAUGCGGCGUAUUAUAUAUUUGGUGCGCAGUGAUCUGAAGGAUCAUACCAACAUGGACUUGCGUCUUUAUACCGCUCUUUAUGAACGCUCGAUCAACGAGAUGCUGGCCAAGACACCAUAUCAUCCGAAACAAUUCGAGCAUAUUACAGGAGAGCCGGGCGAAAAGCUGUUCAACUAGACAAUUUAAAUUCCGAGUUCCCCUUUUUUUCAAUUCCGUUUUCUUACCACUUUUAGGUGGAAGUUAAUUAUGAGCGUCGGUAGCACCAAUCAUAGCAUAGCAAAACAUUUUUAGGCACAUACGAAAUUCCUAAUUGCUGUUAGGCUUUCUUUUUUAUGAAUUGAAUUGUGCAAGCUGAAGGUUUUAUCAUAAUUAGCUUGCUGAAUUGGCAACAUUAUUUCUAAAAUAUCUAAAGUCUAAAGUCUCUGUGGAGUAUAAUCAUUGUUCCGAUAUCAGUUUGGCUUUAAUGGUUACAAUUUCAAAUUCUCCAAUUUCUUAAGCAAGCUAAAAGUUUCAUAAAACGAA